UGGUUCACAGUAAUGACAUUGGAUAAUUUUCCAAUUGUCGACAUCUUAUAAAAGUCUGUAAGGCUUCCGGUCACAUUUGUAGAAGUGAUACGUUUGCAAAUGGAUAUAGAAAAGGGAACAAAGUGUGUGAUAAACGUGAAAUAUUUAACUUUCUCGGAUAUUACUUACAAAAUUAAUGCUUUUGCAGGUAAGAUCGGCUUCAAACAAAAAAGAGACAGAAAGAAAAAAGAUAUUCUGUAUGGGGCGUGCGGUGCACUUCGACCUGGCAGGUUAACCUUUAUUCUUGGACCAUCAGGAGCUGGAAAGACUUCUCUACUUAACAUAUUAGCCGGAAGGAGAAAAGUUGGAGUAUCUGGAUGUGUUAUUGGAUCGGAUCAUGGCGUGGUUUUAGUACCUCAACACGCCACUCUUAUAGACACACUUACUGUUAAAGAAACGUUACAGUUCGCUGCUGCGCUCAAAGUACCAAAUGUUUCCGAAAUUGAAAGAAAUAAAAUCAUUGAUAAUAUUUCGAAGCAGCUUGGAAUCCGUGAAGUAUUCAAGACGAAAGCGGGCAGCUUGUCUGGAGGAGAACGAAAACGGUUGACUAUUGCCUCUGAACUGCUGACAGACCCCACUAUCUUACUUUUAGAUGAACCGACAAGUGGACUGGAUUCCGUCUCCUCGAUGUCAGUGGUGCAGGCUUUAAGGUCUGUAGCGAACAGUGGACGUACGGUGGCCUGCGUCAUUCACCAGCCUUCUUCUCAACUGUUCAUGUCAGCUGAUGACGUCAUAGUUCUGACCAAUGGCCGGACAAUAUACUCCGGAGCCAUCUCAAACAUAUCGGAGACUUUAAAGAGGUCGGGAUUCGUGUGCCCUACCUACUACAACAUGGCUGAUUACCUGUUAGAAAUAGCAAGCGGUGAACACAGCGGAAAUCUCGUUCUUCUAGAAGAUGAAACAAAAAACUACGUAACAGAACUUAAAAACAGUGCUGAAUUAGAUGUUCAACAAAUAACCACGAAAGAUAGACCUACAGAGGCUGAAGCACUCAUAUCAAAAGUGUCUUAUGACGACAGUACAUACGCGGCUAAUGUAUCACAACAAAUGCGGGCUUUACUGUGGCGGGGGUAUAUUGGCGCUCUGAGGGAUGUACACUUAACUCAGAUUCGCGUAGUAACACACUUCAUAGUAGCAUUACUAUUGGGAGCGUUGUACAACGGCGCCGGACAAGAUGGUGGCCGAAUGAUCUCGAAUACCGGAUGUCUCUUCUUCUUCCUUCUGUUUUUAUAUUUCUCUAACGCUAUGCCAACGAUACAUAAUUUUCCGGCAGAGUCCACAGUAGUCCUUCAAGAGCAUUUAAAUAAAUGGUACUAUAUCUCAACGUACUGUGCUUCAAAAAUUUUGGUUGAUCUACCAGUACAGUUAUUAUGUGCAACAGUAUUUGUGUUCCCGGCGUGGUACUUCACAUCGCAACCGAUGGAAACGAACCGCCUGUUACUCGCGUGGGUCAUCUGUGUUCUGAUUACUAUCCUGGCGCAAACAUUCGGGCUGGUCAUCGGCGCUGCUUGCGGAGUUAAGCUUGGCCUGUUCGUCAUUCCAGCAGCAAACAUACCUAUGCUGAUGUUUUCUGAGUUCUUCAUCCCUUACCAUGAGAUGCCCCCGUAUUUGCAGCCAUUUGCACUAAUCUCAUACUUCCGGUAUGCAUUUGACGCUUUCAUGGAAACCGCGUACGGCUUCAAUCGAGGAAAGUUACCUUGCUACAAAAUAUUCUGUCUCUUCAAAGAUCCCAAACAUUACCUUGAAUAUUUGGGACUGAGUAGAAACUUUUACAACGAUAUAAUGGUUCUUGUCAUUUGGAUUCUUAUUUUAAAAAUAUCUCUGGUUAUCGUUUUAAGGUACAGAGUAUAUAAAGCUUGUAAAUAGUUUUAACAAUAUUUUAUAAUCAACAACAUUAAAAAAAACAAUGUAAAUAUAUAUUUAGAUUUUAUGGAUGUAUUUAUUGUACAUAGGUACUUAAUUAAUAUGAAAUGUUACUAUAGGUACAUUGGUUUAUAGUUAUUAUUAGAUGUUUAAAAUGUUAGCAACGUAAAUCAAACAUUUUAUAGGUAAUAUUAUGGGUACCUAAUUGGUGCCCGGUGAUAGUACAGGUAUACUAAACCUUUUUAACUGAUUUUUAAGAAAAUAAAAAUGAUGAUUAAAAUCCACACGCACAGCUAUCCGGCCGGCUACAUAAUCGUAUACAGCGUGAUUUGCACACUGCACAUAUCGAUUUCAGUGAAAUUAGGCAUCAUUUUGUUCAGGAAACAUAAUUAAAUAAAAAUCUAAAAAAAAAUGCUGGAUUAAUACACAUUGACAUCUUUUGUUACUGACUGAGGACUUUGAAUUAAUAAAUCGUUAUUUAUUCACCAAGUGGUCUAACAUAUUGAAACAGUACAUAAUUGUAAAUCAUUGGAUAUGACGAUUAAAUACAGUUUAAUCACAAAUAAAUAUCAGUGAGUUAAAAAUAAAGUAUGAUUUACGGCAAAACUGCAUCGUGUUCCAUGUUUAUUUGGAAAACUAUGAAAAUAUCUCAAAAUUAUGUCUGUAUUACUCUUCAGUUUUAACCGACUUCAAAAAAAGGCGGAGGUCCUCAAUUUGUCGGUUUUUUUUUGUUUGUUACCGCAGAACUUUCGGCUGGGUGAACCGAAAUUGUUAAUCCUUUUUUUAUUUUAAACCUUUUUAAUCUGAUUGAUAAAUGUUUUUUAAUAUGAGCACAUAAAUUUAAGUUUACAUAAGUUAAAUUAUUAGGACUUAGUUAAACCUAUUUUUGGAUAAGUCAACAUUCA